AGUGUUGGGAGGGACGUCUAGGAUGAAGGCGUGUGGCCCCAUGUAGGUCUCCAUGGCAGUGAGAUGAGAGCUGGACAAGUUCUUGGCUCUGCCUGUGCACAAAGCUGCUGGGCUGGGGAGAGCGAAGGGCAAGAUUGUUCACUGGUGUGAGUCACUGUGAACCCCACCCACUUGAGGCAAACUUGGCCAGUUUAAUUGGUGGGAACUGUCACCCAGGCGAGGGACUGUGGCUUUUUCAGCAGCCUCGUUAGCUCUCAGUCAACGAGGAAGCCUCUGGGUGAGGAAACUGUGGCCAGACCAGCAGCGGGCCGUGCUCUCGGCCCCCCGACUGGAGGCUGUGGGGCCUGUGCACAGGGCGCCUGCAGACGGAGCCGCCCGGCCACCUGCCUGUGGAGAUGCUGGGGCCAGCUCUCGCCUUCCUAGUCCUGUUCCUGCAGGGACGGCACAGCCCAGCCGCUUCCUCUUGCCCGGAACCCCUGUCUCCGGAUGGACCUGUGGUGAGACCUUUGGGCACGUCUUUCUGCUUAGGGCCCGGCCACACCCUGACAGCGGUGAGGUCUUUUGACUGGAAGGUACGGCUGCGCUCAAACCCAAGCCCUUGUGUGCUGUUCACUUGGAAGAAUGAUUCUAGGCUGCAUCAUGCGCAUCGGAAUGCCAGUAACUGCAACAAUAGGCUCAAUUUUAGCAUCAAGGAGUUAAGGCUCCUCCUCAAGGCCGCUCAGCCCAACGACAGCGGCACCUACUCCUUGGAGGUCACCUUUGAGAACGGCACCGUCAGGACCCACCGCUUCCACGUGUCCGUGUUGGACCCUGUGAGGAAGCCCGAGCUGCAGCUGCUGGAGCAGACGGCGGCCCUGGGCAGUGGACAGUGCCGAGUGACCCUGAACUGCUCGGCCUCCGGAGGUGGCGAUGUGACCUACACCUGGUACCGAGGGGGCGAGAGGAUCCCGACGCCCAGGAGCCCCUUCCGACUGGAGGAGCAGGUCGAUGUCAACGGCGGGCACAUAUACACCUGCAACGUCAGCAACCCCGUCAGCUGGGCGCACCAGAGCCUCCAGCUCGGCCAGGGCUGUGGGAGCGCCCCCCAGAAGCUCGGCCUCCUGCCCCUCUUGAUGAUCAUCUUGGUUCUCAAACUCACGCUGCUGGGCACCCUCACUAGCGUCUGUGUGUGGAGAAGGGGGAGGAAGCCGGCAGAGUCUGGCCCAGAGGCAUCGCUGACAGUUUAUGAAGAUGUCAACCACCCGCCAGGCAGGAGCGGCCAGGUUGGAAAGAUACAACCCAGAGCUCAACACGCUGCCUGACUCAACACCAGGAGCUGGAGAGCUUUUCUAUAUAAUCCCAGGGGCCACUGCUGGCCUCCCCUGUGUUAGGACCCGGCGUCUGUUUUGGGAAUCAGUGCAACGGAUGACACCAUAUGAGUCUACAUAAUAGUUCCUAGUCUGGGAGUUUGUUGAUGGACUAUAUUUAGUUUUGAAAAUGAUUUUUAACAGCCAUUAAAAUGAAGCAUCCAUCUUCUAUAAAAACUGCUGUUUGAAAUUUUAACCCUGCUAUUUCUGGCUUCUGUAGAUGCUUGCUGGCUUAAAUAAUAAGGAAAAUAAGACUACUCCCAUUUCAGAGAGGCCAUUAGACCUUCCCCAGACGAAGUUAUCAUUGCUGGCCUCAGGCCAAGCCUUUGUUUGAGGUCUCAAAGCAUCAGCACAUAGGGCCCUUUAAGAACUUGUAAAGGGAACCGGAAAAAACCCAUAUUGGGGAGACCAAGAGGGUAAGAUAGUAUAAAUACAGGAAACUUCCUGUGUGAUUUCACCCAGAAUUUGAGAGACCUUUUCCUCUGGGCCCGCGCGUAAUAAAUG